AUGGGAAUAACUGAUGUACGCCUAACAAGUGAUUCUCAGUUGGUCAUUCGACAAAUAGAACUAGAAUACAAUGUUUACGUUGACACCCUCUCCGCAUACAUGGCUUUGGUCCAGACUUUAGCCUCCCAGAUACCAAGCAUCAAGUUACGACAUCUGUGCAUAAAAGAUCUCAGGCAUGCCGACGCCCUGGCAUACAUAUCGUCCAUGCUGAAAGAUGAAAGCAUCAAAGCCAUCAAGAUAACAAGAGUAUACGAACCUUCGAUUACCCCACAACAAUCCUUCGCUGCCAAUCGUGAAGACGAUGUAGGGGAGGAUAUAGAAGAUGAUGUGGUGGAAGAUAUCAACAAUGAUUUCGACGAAGAAGAAUUAUUAUCAAGAGCAAAUCAAGACGAAGACUUCACCAACGAAGAGGAAUGGAGAACUGAAAUCCACCUAUUCCUUGAAGAAGGAACGCUUACUGCAGACCUGAAGAAAGCUCGAAAGAUACAGUCGAAGGCAGGUAGAUAUGAUUUCCGGGACGGAAUCCUUUACAAGAAGUCUUUCCUCGGAUCACUAUUACGGUGCUUGUCUAGGAAAGAGGGUCAUCGUAUCCUGAACGACAUCCAUUACGGCGACGCAGGCAACCACAGCGGGAUGAGGUCAUUAGCUGACAAAGCUAAGAUGUUCGGCAUUCCGGAAGAAAUCGUUUCCGGUAAUGGCAAGCAAUUACAGGGGAAAAACAUAGACAUGCUCUUUGAUACUUUCAAAAUCAGGAAGAACAAAUCAACCCCCAUUUAUCCCCAAAGUAACGGCCAAGCUGAGGCUACAAACAAAAUCCUUGGUAUUAUCCUCAAGAAACAAUUGGAUGAACACAAAGGACGAUGGUGCGAACAAUUACAUAACGUAUUAUGGGCAUACAGAACAACACAAAGAUCCGCCACAGGUGAAUCACCGUUCUUCCUCACCUACGGGGCAGAAGCCGUUAUCCCGACAGAAAUUAUCAUGACAACCACGAAGACUGAAGCAUGGGAGAAAAACCUCACUACAUAUAUUAUGCUGACAGGCUUGAUGACCUAG